CAAUUCCGGCAAUUUUCUCAAAACUUCGUAGUAAAAAAUAAGCCAAACCUCCAAAACCAUUCAUCUUUUGAAGAAAAGAAAUCAAUCCGUUCAAAAUGGAAGUUUCGUUGACCAAAAACUGCAUUUCUCUAUCCGUAUCGAAAACGGCACGUUAAAGGUUCUUUUCAAAGUCACGAAGCAAAAAAGCAACAAAAGAUGCCACUUUGGGCAUCGGAAACAAGAAUUGGACACAUCCGAAACGCAUCGUCUGCCGAAGGAACGGACGACGGCGGAAUCGGCACGCAAGACACGCAACAACCAAUAGAACUUCCUGAUCCGGCAGAGGAUGCUACUCGCAUGAUGGCAUUGAAAAAGUUGCGUCAUAAAUUGGUCACACUUUGUUCCGAGCACGGAGAUCGAACAAAGCCUCCAACCCUGGCUUUCGAACGUUGGCUUGGGCGGGCAGCUUUGCGACGUAAACCGGGGGACGACCCAAUCAUUCCCUCCGAUCUCUAUGGCAACGAUGGAAUGCUAGCGCUGGACAAGGCCUUGACUAGGGAUCUCUCCAGAACUCUUCCGUCAUGGGAGGCCUCGAGUAUUGUGGCGAAGGAGAUGACGAAGGAAGCUUCGAAGCAGAUCAGAGCUAUGGAGGUUUUUGGAAGGGACGGGGCAAACGAAGAUUUGGAAACGAUUUGCAAGAAGAUAGAGAACGAAAGUCGUGUGGUCAAAAAGGCCACGAAACGCAUGAAGAAAGCUCUUGAAAGCCAAGACGACCAAAGCGAUGAAGGCCAGGUGUCGCUGCGGGAAGCUCUUGUUUCGCUGCAAAGAGCUGCUUCUUCGUUGAAUGAUUCUGCUACCAACGCACAACGAGCAAUUGUAUUCAAGAGUAAUCCAGAUGGGGACGGCAAUAUCGUAUUCAAUGGAAAGCGAAGAGAGGGAAUUUACGACGUCAUGAGGUGUGGACCCGGUGGAAAACCAAGGAGACCAUAUCUAACUGUGUCAUCUCUCCAUUUGUCAAAACUAUUGCGAUUGUGGAAAAUUCAUAAUAAAACUAGUACCGAUGCUACCGUUGAUUGCAAUGAUAAAUUGCAUGAAGCAGAGGAGGAGGACCCAAUCAAAGCAAUGAAUGCUCUCCCUGAUGACGAAAGAAUCGUGUUCCAAAAAAGUCUGUACUGUUGCCUUGCUCGAUACGAAGGACUGAAAGGAGCGGGUUAUCAGUGUGCGGUGCCAGGUAUCGCGUUCGAUGCCGCGGUGAAAAUGGGCUUGGGGACCACAAUCGAAUGCUUUGCAAGUCCCCUCAAUUGCCGUUACGAACGAUUCUGUUCUGCUUUUCCGGACAUAGAAACGCGAUUCGGCUCGUUGGGAUCCUUUUUUGACGACGAUGCCUUUGAUCCUUUUGAGGGGUCAUUCGAAGCAAACCCUCCGUUCGUUCCUGAAACAAUGAUUGCGAUGGGAACAAAACUUGAACGCUUGUUGAGCGAUCAGAAUCGCGGGCCUCUUUCAUUUUUGGUUAUCGUACCAAAUUGGGGCGCAGGUAUUGAGUUUGUAAAGAACCUGUUAUCUUCUGCAUUUGUACGGGCUUCGAGUUGCAUUAAAGCAUCUGACCAUGCAUUCUACGAUGGUGCUCAGCAUACAAAGCCACUAUUUGCAAAGAAUCGUAAGCAAGCUGCAGAUCCUGACCUUAGGCCUUCGUCAUGGGACACAGCUGUUAUAUUGUUACAAAACGAUUUCGGGGCAUCAAAAUGGAAUGUGGAUAACGCGAAACUAGAAGAAUCCUUUUGCAGCGCUCUAAGAGCAUCUGUGAAAAAUCUUCCAAAGAAGUUUGCCACAUUGAGUGCCUGGGAACGUAGGGGAGUAGGCCAGGGUGGGUCAAGAAAGAGACAGCACCACCAGCACGGAACAUCCGAUAGAGUAAGAAGAAUCAAAACAAGCGACCCAAUGCGGUAGAUGAAAAUCAACAGAAUGACAGAUAACAGGCAAGAAUACCAUUUAGUGGUGAUGCUACCAAUUGAGAUGGAUUAAACGUUUAUGUGUACAAAAGUACAAAUGAUGGACAACAUUUUGGCCCUAAAACUUCAUGUACCCUUUGAUAGUUGCAUAAGGUAGUUGAACCCAUGCAAUCCAGCUUGCGCACUUGAGAUAAACUAAUGCAAUUCACAUCCAAAAAAGUAGAUUGGUUGCUGAUACAGAGUAUGCUGAUAUGAGUUGCUGAUAGUAGUAAAGAGUAUACUGAGCUGCUGAGAGCAUGAAGGAGUCACUGAUAUGGCAUCCCCCGAUACUGAGGACGCUGGUGCUGGAUACUGAGGACUCUGGAUAGCUAGUAGGGGGGGGGCAGGAAACUGGUGGUGGUGCUUUAGUAGUGAUAGGUUUAAGCAGUAGUAGUGAUCAGUGUCAAUCCUUUUUACUAGCAUCCCUCUAUUACUAGAACAUAAAUCAGGUACUUAGCA